AUGACUACUUUGAAAGGAUCUUAUAGAAUUAUAAGGCCUCUUGGGUCUGGAACUUUUGCAAAAGUUAAACGUAAGUUUUAAGUAGUCGGUGAACAUUUAAUCACUAAUCAAAAAGUUGCAGUGAAAAUAAUAAAGCGAAGCUUGAUAUCUGAACAGCAUUUAUAUAUAAAAAUACAAAGGGAAAUAAAAAUCCUAAAAAUACUUCAUCAUCCUCAUAUAAUAAAGCUGUAUGACGUUAUUUAUACUGAAAAAGAAAUUAUUUUGAUUUUAGAGUAUGUUUCUGGUGGAGAGCUAUACACACUGAUUGAAAAAGGAAGGCUACAAGAAAAUGAAGCAAGAAAAUAUUUUCAACAAAUAAUUUCAGCUAUCUCUUACUGUCACCAGCGGCGGGUCACACAUCGAGACAUCAAGCCAGAAAAUCUUUUUUUAGAUGAAGAUUCUAAUAUAAAAAUCGGGGAUUUUGGGUUAUCAAAUAUUAUAAGAGACGGCGUUUUUUUCAAAACUGCCUGUGGGUCGCCAAAUUAUGCAGCCCCAGAAGUCAUUGCUGGAUGCCGCUACUGUGGCCCUGAAGCUGACGUAUGAAGUAUAGGUGUAGUUCUUUACGCAUUACUAGCUGGCUACCUUCCUUUUGACGAAAACAGCAUCUCAUCGCUUUUUUCAAAAAUAAAAAGUAAUUCAUAAUCAGACGCAAAAUUUGACAUGCCUCAUCAUUUUUCAAGGCAAGUCAAAGAUUUAAUCAAAAGAAUGAUAACUGCAGACCCAGUAUCAAGAAUUACAAUAAUGCAAAUAAAAGAGCAUCCUUGAUAUAAAACUGAUUUACCUUUGCAUUUGUCUAUUACUGAUUUAAAUUUAGAUGCAAUUGAUAAUACUGAUUUACUAUCAAUAUAUAGAGCUUAUAGAUAUCAUAGUGAAAUUGAUGAAGAAAUUUUAAAUAAUUGUCUGAAAUAUGCAGAAUUGCAAGAUUAUGCAAAUGAUAAAGAAAAUAUUAAGAAAAAUAUUAUUAGAAGGAAAUAUGACCCAUUCUCAGUCACUUAUGAAAUCCUUUUAAAUACUAAGCUUACUCCCCCCCCCCCCCCUCCGUGAGCGAACAAAAAAAUUUUGUUCGCUCACGGAGGGGGUUAAUUUUUUUUUUUUAAAAAAAUUUAUAUAUAAAUUUUAUAAAAAAAUAUUUUUUUCGAAAUUUAAAAAAAUCCUAAUUUGCAAAAAUUGGAAAGCAAAUAUUAAUUUAAUUUGCAAAAUUUAUGUUUUAAAACGCAAUUUGUUUAAAAUUAAACAGAAUUAGCUCUAGAUUUCAUUAUACUAAUUAUCACUUAUAUAUCAAAAUUUUUUUCCAUUAAAAUUUUUUCUAUUAAAAAAAUUUUUGUUCACUCACGGAGGGUGGGUUUUUGGUCAAAAAAUGGCGAUUUUUCUAAUGGUUUUGUUCGCUCACGGAGGGGGGGGGGGGGGAGUUAGAGAAAAAAGAAUUGGGCUUGAUAAAAGUAAUAUAGAACUAAAGCCGACUUUUAAAAAUUCCAGAUCGUUUAUGAUAUCUGAGGGGAUUGAAAAUAUGGAAAAUUUUAUUUAUUUGGGGGAAUCGAACCCUACAAAUGAUGCUAUAAGUGAGCCUCAUAACUGAAGUUAUUGCAUAAGGACUAAGAGAGAAUCUUAUACGCUGAUGUGCUUAUUAUUUAAUUAUUUUAGAGAAUGUCAAUUAGAAUGAAAAUUAAUUAGCAAUUUUAAUAUAAGGGCAAGAUCUGUGGGGUAUCAGGUACUCAUUGAUAGGCUGGCUGACCAAAAGCCUAUAUCGCCUAUUAUGUAUGGGAAAAUUAUUAAAUUUGAUAUAGUCAUUUAUAAGGUAAGAAUUAUUUAGUACGGAGAUAGUUUUGCUCUGGAUUGUUUACAAAUAGAAGGGCAAACAAUGGUAUUUUUGGAUACAGUUAUAUAUCUGAAUAAUAAACUUAAUAAUUUGGUAGAUUAA